AUGAUGAGGACGCUGCUGGGCGCCGCGCUGUGCGGCCUGGCGGCCGCGACGUCGGCCGUGUCGGCCUCCACCCUGUUCCCCCACGUGCCGGUCUUCCUGUGGUCCCAGAGCUCCAUCUUCGCUGGACCCAACGCCUACCUGAGCUCCGAGAUGGAUGAGUCCGCUGUGGCAUCGGCUGUCGAGCGCGUGCUGACGCGAGAUGCUAGCGCUGACAAGGAGGGCGUGCUCAGCACCGAGCUCUCUUCGUCCCAGCAGUCCGAGGUGAUGUGUUUGUUCCUGCUGCCGUCGCUUACGUCGGAGGAUGUGUCCCAACUCGCGAGAUCCGCAGGACAGGAGUCCUUCGUGCAGAACGCCGUGCAGAGCUCCAAGUCGUCGGUAGUGAUCCCUCACACCACCCGCACCAAGCCUCUCCUCCCCGAGAUGGCGAGUGCCCAGCCCCACAUCGUGGCCUCUCAAGACCUGGAUGUGUUUAUUGCGUCUAGGGAGGGCAAGGCGCUGCUCUCCAACGGCAAGACGGAGCUGCUGGUCGUGCAGCUCCCGGAGACCCUGCCGCUGCCCGACGUGGAUGCCGCGAUCCAGGCGGCUUCAAGCAGCCUCAACGCCGCCACCGGGGGUAAGACAGACUUUGGUCUUACUGGUAACGACGCCAGCUCGCUGGACCUCCAGGACCCGCUGGCUCGUCGCCUUGCCGCGCAGACCAAGUCGAAGAAGUCGAACUCGUCUGCUGAGGCUGCGAUUCUGUGCGAAGCGGGCUACCUCGUCGGGUACAGUGCGGCGGGCAAGGCCUUCUGCUUCUCGCACUACGUGAACAUCACGCCCGACAUCAUGGCGGGCCUCCUCUUCGGGCUGCUGUUCAUUUUUAUGGCGUACAUCGGUCUGGGCGUGCUCCACCAGAUCCAGACGCCGCAGAGGUACCCGUCGCACGGAGCUCCGCGCGGCAAGGAGUUCUAGGCGCGUUGGCUGUGGACUUGAAAGUGAGCAGCAUAGCCAGCAGAAGCGAAGGCAGGAUGCAUGCAAAAUGAAAGUUUUAUAUUCCCC